AUGCCUGAUCAAUGCCAUUCCGUAGAACUUCCCAUUCUAGAUAUCUCUCGGCCACUAGAGCCAUCUGCUCGGGCAUCCCUGGCUGAAGCUUGCAAAAAAUGGGGAUUUUUUCACAUCACCGGCCAUGGAAUCUCCAAAGGGCUUUACAACAAACUCUAUUCACUUUCACAACAACUCUUUAACCUUCCUUCUGAGACAAAACUUGAACUUGGUCCCUCUUCUUCUAUAAAGACUUACACUCCUCAUUUCAUUGCUUCUCCUUUCUUUGAGUGCCUCCGAGUUUUUGGACCAAACUUCUUUGCAUCUGCUCAGAGUUCUGCAAAUACCCUUUUUGGUCAACAGAGUUUUGAAUUCAGUGAGGCACUACAAGAAUAUGGGAGCAAGAUGACAGAAUUAUCGAAGAGAAUCGUGGAGAUUUUAUUGAUGAGCUUGGGAGAGGAUUUUGAUAAGAAGUACUACGAAUCAGAAUUCGAGAAUUGCCAUGGUUAUCUGAGGAUUGUAAACUACACGCCUCCGAAAAGUUUGGUAGAUGAGGUUGAGGGACUUGGAAUGCAUACAGACAUGAGCUGCGUGACCAUUGUAUACCAGGAUGAAGUUGGAGGACUGCAGGUGAAAUCUAAGGAAGGGAAAUGGAUGGAUAUAAGUCCAUGUGAGGAAACUUUGGUGGUAAACAUAGGUGAUAUGUUGCAAGCUUGGAGCAAUGAUAAAUUAAGAUCAUCAGAACACCGAAUCGUUUUGAAGAAACCAGUUAAACGUCUUUCUCUUGCCUUUUUUUGGUGCUUCGAGGAUGAGAAGGUAAUCUUGGCACCGAAUGAAGUGGUAGGAGAAGGAAUUUUGAGAAUCUAUGAGCCAUUUGUUUGUUCAGAUUAUUUGAAGUUCAGAGAGAGCAGUGAGAGAGGGAAGUUUGAAAAGGUUGGCUUCACUGUUAAGGAUUUUGCUGGUGUUAGUCUCUGA